AUAAUCCCACACCCUCUAGCAGCCCUCCUCCGAUCCAUUUGGGACCUUCGGCGGCCCGAAACGGUGCCGUACUGCGCUUGAACCUCACCACAUACGGCUCAUUUCCCGCCAAAUCACGCGCGAGUAUCUGGACUUAUCUACUAGACCUGCCCUUACGCGAAUCUGAUUGGACGAGGCUCACGCGUAUGGGUACCCAUGCCGCCUGCAAGGAUCUGCAUCUACGCUAUGUGUUUGCGAAUAGCCAAGGUGUGUGUGUAUGUGUGUAG